CGCGUGGGUGUACACCACGUUGUGCACACACAGUAAAAGAGGGGGGUCGCGCGGUACCCCACCGCUGGGCGGAGGUAUGUCAUGGAAAGGAAAAGAGCUGUAGUGUACCUACAGCUGCCUGCCGUAGACGCGAUUAUGUUCGUGUCUGGCGAACCCAUUCAGUACUUCUCACGGCACCGGGGGUACAUGGUGCGGUCGCGACCACAAGCCGUUUCCGCGAGUGGUACACACGCACACGAGCGGUGCGACGAAGAAGUGCAGCGAGCUCCGGAAGAUAAGCCCGCUGAGGAAGUCAAGGAAGAGCGAAGGAUACAGCGAGAAGAGAGAUAGAGGCGGGAUAAGUGCAAAAAGUAACAUUAAAUUUUACUCUCUGGAGAAAAGACAUUUGUUAAAAUAUAUUGGACAUAAUUAAAAACUCUUUGAAAAAGUCUAUUUUCCAUAGGGAUUGAAAACUUAUUAAACAUAUUUAAAAAAUGUUAAAUAAUGUAUAUUUCUUAACGUGCAAUGAGAAAAACUAUUAAAAUAAGAAUGUUUAGAAAAGUGCAAUCGAAAAAGUAAAGAGAAAAAGAGAGAGUGAAGAGGUGGAUGCUGAUUGGCUAUAUUAUUAUUAAAAAAAACUAUUUUUAAAUUUUUAAAAAAUUUUGACUGAAAGAUAUACAACGCGGAAAAAUAGUGCGUGUUCAAGGAAGGACAACAACGAAGUGCUGGAAAAGAAACCGCGUCGCGGAAACUGAGAUCCUUUCACGAACACUUCCGGCAACCGCGUGAUUCGCGAAAAGUUUAGUUCCGUGCCAAUUAUGACAGCGCGAUGCUGUAAACGUUCUUGUCGAUAAAAUUCUGCGAGUUAUUCCGUGUCAAUUCGCGCUUUCAUCUUGGAUGCGAGUUGGUGAUCCUUGAAUAGUGCUAUUGCGUACAAUCUAAACGCACGUAGAAAAAGAGAAAGAGAGAAACAUCCGAUUGGAAGAUAAGAAAAGAGGAGGAAGACACACAAGGUCGAACGGAGCAAGGCAAAUCCGCGUUUUUGGAUUGUCUGGGUAUCACAAAGGCCUAACGGGGGAGACCGGCCGCGAACGGGAGUUUUUUCCCGUUAUCUCGACGAGGCGAGAAGAAAGGGGGAAAGAAAAAAUUUCGACGCGAGUUUUUGCAAAAUCUCUCACGGUUAUCGGCCACGGGACCGCGAAUUAGGCGAUAAAUAAAUCAGGUGAACAAGCAUGAGACGUUUCGAAUGAUUUUUAAUCAUUCUGGUGAUAAAAACAAUCGAUCGAAAUAAACGAAGGAAGAUGGUGUAUCGGGGCAGUUUACAGACAGACGAUCCCAGAGAUGCGCCGAAGCUGGUCCGGAUAUCUCCGCUGCGUAGCAGCAGGCAAAUAAAUUCGACCGGGCCGAAUUCACGAGCCGCCGUCUCUGUUAAGGGCCCGACUUAUCACAGCUCGUACGCGAUGCCGAUCGAUGCUCAUCGGGCGCGAUUGAUCGAGGAGAGGCGAUUGGGUCGCGAGCGGGACAUCGAGUCGGUCGAAAAGGUGAUCAUGAGAACCACCGGCAUGAAGAUCGGGACGCCGAGGUUACGCAAUAUUAAUCAGAUUCGCGAGACCGUUUUCGUGGACCAGUCGCUUAGACCGAUGGACCAGAUCGGCAAAUCGGAUUCGAGAAAUCGACCACGCAGCGUCGCCGUUGGUCUCGAGGAGGGUAACGCCAGAAUAUCGAGGACCCACAGUUCUCUUCUAGCAGACCUGAAAGACUUGGAGAGACUGAGAAACACUCCAUCGAAAAAUCACAGAGGUCCUUUGCAGAGGACGGAAGGCUCGGAGUCGAAGUUGAUCUUGAAUAAAAAGUACGACGCGCCGGCUUCAGCCAAGAUCCGAUCGGACAUCUUCAGGAUCCAGCAGAUGUUUCAAUCUGCGGAUCCUUCGUCAAGGACGGUGAUCAGGAGUAGUAAUGAUAGGAAAAUCAAGAACGAUGCGGAGAAGGAGAAGAGGAAACCUGGAACAGAGAUGAACAGGACUCGGUUGCUGGCGCAAAAGCUUCUGGAAGCGUCGAGGAGUAAUCGGGAGUCUUUGAAGGAUCAAUGUAACAAUCCAAAGAAUAUGUCCAACAGAGCAUCAAAUAAGGAAAUGAAAGGAAAGGCAUCGAAUAAAGUAUAUCAAGAGAAGAUUUUGGAGGAGGAUCCGAAAGAUAAGCACAAAAUGGCCAGGCAGAAAGAAGAAGCAAAUUGGGAUGAUCAACCGCGUCCGCCCGUUCGCAGGAGGCGAAACUCGAAGAAUCGAGGAUGGAAGGAUGCAGAUCCUUACGCGGACGAGCAUUUGCGCGAGGAUCGAGGUUUUGGUGAUCCUCUCGGUCGCAAGGAGGACUCGCCGAACGGGACAGCGAGUACGGAAGAGAAUUCCAAGGCCAGUUCUAAUCUGGAAAGACCGGAUAUUCUGGACGGGCUGUUGAAGGAGUCCGACCAGCAGCUGGCGGACCUGAAGAGCGAUCUCGGCGAGAGAGGACGUUCGCGGAGUCACUGGCGAGGAUUCGUGCAAUCCAUGAGGCUGCACGAUGUGGAGCUUCAUUCUGACAGCGAGGACCAGCGGAAGGACUUGAACCUGUGGAACAAGAGCAUCAGUCAGCGCUGGCGGAAACUGCGACGAAGAUGCUCCGUGCAGGAGUCAUCGGAGCCGCAGGAGGCGCUGAUACAGGGUGGCGGGAAUCAUGGUGUUAUACACGCGGUGAGGUCGACACCGGCUAGCAGAGAGGCCUCGCCGGCCGCGAAGAGUCUUCAGGAUGGGAAUUCGUCGAAGAAACUGUUACAGACUAGUUCUUUGAGGCUGCCAGGCACGACGAAGGGAAUUGCCGAUAUCCAGCACGUGCUCCGCAGCAAGUUCAGCAAGAUAAACGCCGGCAUCAGGAAGCGGAAGGCUCUCAGCGUGACAGAAGUGUUUCCCCCGCAAAAGGACAACGCCUCGAAUUUUUAUGUGCCAAGUCCACUCACCUCGUCAUCGUCCAGUCAGACCUUUGAGGAGAAUCGUUACGACUCGAGCGAGCCCACGUCCCUUCCGCCCUAUCCCUUUCACGAUAAUUUGGAGACCCUGGCGGAGAGCAGCGUUCCGAACUCACCUCACUGCGCCGGUCCUCUUACUGGCAACGGCAACGCUUUCACUUAUUCCCAGGAUAGCUACGAGCAGAAGGAUCUCUACGAGAACGUGGUGUUCUCGAGAUCCUCGCCGUCCUGCUGCCCGAGAACUCGCCCCGUUCUUCAACGCAGCAAUUCAGAAAACCGCGAUGCCAGCGUGCACGAUCAUUCUUAUGAGAACGUACGUUUUCAACGUCAAAGCAGUCACAGGGAUGAUUUGAUCUCGGGCAGUCCUUACGCGGGAAGACACCUGGCCAGAAGCAAUUCCGAAACCAGAGAACACUCGUACGAGAACAUGCACUUCCAGAAGAGCGCUAAGACUAGAAAUCCGUCGGAGUCGUCGUUCGAGGAGAUACAUAUACCCAGAGUGACGCCGAGGAAGAGGUCCACCGACUUCAAAGUUGGUGGACAGGUGAACAAUUACACGGGCGAGGCUGCCGGCAGUGGUAACAAAGACGACGCACCGUGUAGUCUGGGUGCUGACAGGAGUCCUGGUAAGAGGAACCCGAGAAGACUCAACAGUAGAAGCGUCGCGAAUAUCCCUAGCUCUUCGGGCGCGAACUUGAAGACUUGGCAAGGUACUCAAGAUGCGGAUGAAGGUCUGAAUACGGACUCGGAACUCGAAGACAUCGACGAGGGCGCCGAGGGCGAGGAGUCGCGCUUCUGUACCUUGCCAAGACCUGGUAAGGGCGGUGCGUCCUUCACGAUAUUGACCGCUAGAUUUCUUAAAGGUCCCGGGCAUAAGGGACUCGGCUUCAGUAUCGUCGGCGGUACCGACAGUCCUCGCGGAAAUAUGGGGAUUUACGUGAAAACCGUUUUUCCCAAUGGCCAAGCCGCCGAUCUAGGUGCUGUCAAAGAAGGGGACGAAAUUUUAUCGAUAAAUUCGAAACCUCUUCAUGGUAUGACCCACGCCGAGGCUAUCGCUGAAUUCAAGUCCGUAAAGGCCGGGGAUGUUGUCCUGCACGUAGGACGUCGCGUGAAUAAGAAGAAGAGAGAAUCCUUGACUCUGGCUCCGGUUAAUCCUCCCGCUCCGAGACAACCCGUCAAAUAAAUUCGCGACAACGAACGAUUUUCCUAUCUGCCGUACUUUCAUAAACUUAAUCUCUUUCAUAUUUCACGAAUAUUCAUAAUAUAGCAAUAUCGAUAAUUAUUGCUGGCAAUAAUACGCGAUAAAUUGAAGUAAAUUGUCAUGAACCACUUUCACUCUCUUGACUCUCGUUUUGUGAGACAAAUUUAUAUUAAAUUUCUACUAUAUACUUAUAUUAUAAUUUUAUUUCUAAUUUUUUUUCGUACUCGAUUAAAUUUUUCUUCUUGAAGAUGAUUGCAAAAUUUUGAGGCCUUAAGAAGAAAUGAACGCAAGGCCCGAAAAAGUGCAGCUGGAAAAAGCGGAUCUAUAUUUGUCUCACAUUUUCGGGAUUAAGAUUUUGAAGGCGGAAUGAUAAAAUUAUCAGCUCAUUUUUGCGUCUGCGGUAAGUUUCAACGAAAUUAUUAAAAGAUUCGUUGUAUAUUCAAAACGAGGAUGGAGCUUACCAGGACAACGAGAAGCGCUUACGAACAUGAAUCAAGGAAUUUAUACAUUAUCAAGAGAUUUACGCUUCAUUUUAUCGAUAUAAGAAUGAUAUAAAACCGAUGAUCGCUCAGAAGGAGAACGAGUCGGUAAUAAGCAAUGUGUCUGACCUCACGUAAUCAAAUGUGGAUGCUGUCCAAUCAAAAAGCAUUUUAUCGUACAACGUGGCCGAUAUCUCUAUUCGGUUACCCCACAUAUAUCAAACAUUAAUAUUUAUCGAUAACUCAUAAUCAUCGUCUAAUGCUAUUUAAAAUUACUAGACGUAUUUUAAUGUAACGAAGAAUCGUUCAAGCUUUCGACUCGAUCGCGUUUUCUCACGUUUAUUCAUACAGAUAUACACGAAUAGAAAAUAGAUGAAUCGAACGAAUAAAUUGAGAGGAAUUUUUACGGAAUACUAAUACUUAUCGAAUAUACUAUGCAACGAAGUCCUCCAAUUAGUGUGAUUAAUAGACGAUUUAUUUUUGUAAAACGAAAAAAAUAAUCUGCGAUUUUUGUAUAAUUAUUAAUGACGAGUGAAACAUUUAUUAUUGACAUGUGUGCAAAAAUCAACGAAAUGAACGGAAUUGAUCGAGGUAUCAGUUUUACGAGGAUUAUGUCUAAUGGCCUGAUCGAGAGUAAUACGUGUAUGCCUGAAUCGGGAGAAUUUAACUUUGUUGGGAAAGAAAAAUGCAGGGAUGUUCAAAGUGACGAAAAGGCGAUAAUCGAAUCUUUUAUCAAAUUCUUCAUUAAAUUUUUUAUCGAAUAAUUCAAAAUAACAAUAAUGAGAAUUGACACUUUUCCGAAAUAAAAUAUUAUCAUCUACACACAUUUUCUUUAUACAAACUCUUGCAAUUAGGCAUACGAUAUUCAGAAAUGUUAUCGCAGAGUUAAGGAACAGAAUUAAUUUCUAACCGUAGACUAACGAAGACGCCCAAAGAUGAAGCCCAAAAAAUAUUUUUACUACAAAGACGAAAAACACAUAUAUAGAGAAAAGCGCGCAUAUCUAUAUAUUAUAUAUAUAUUAUACAUAUACAUAUAUAUUUUCAUCGAAACACGCGUUUACUUUAAAUGGAAGCAACAUUAUUAGCAUCUAGUCGAUCUGUAAUAUUUUCUUUUGAAGACUUUUUUUAUAAUUGCGACGACGAAAGAAAAACGCAAAAAAGUAGUUUUAUAUAUAAAUAUAUACGGUGAUACAUACAUACACAGAUAUAUUUCUUAUAUCGAUUUUCCAAGGUGUAACGAAUUGUAUAAUCGAUUAAUAAUAAUGAUUAGUAUUUAGGAUUGCCGCUAAUUCGACGGUGCUACAUUGCGAAUGUAAUGUAUGCUCUACAUAAUAAAUGAGAACAAUUAAUUCCGGAAGCAUCUCUUCCAUUUAUUAUUAAGUGUAAGAAUUUUAAUGAGAGAGUAAAUACUCUUAACAUAGAAACAAAAAAAAAUGAAGAUUUGGUUUAAAUUUUCCGAAAUAAUUUGCGUUUGUCAGAAAUCCGACAUUCCGCUUAAAAUAGUUUGUAUACUUAUUUUGUUUUUAAGACGACACACACAUGCAAUAAUAUCCUAGUUUUCGACAUCAGUCGAAUAAAAUGUUUUGUGAUCAGUCUACAAAGUCGGAAUCAGUGUUGGCAGUGUCGAAACUAUCAUGCAUGACAAGUUGGUGACAAUUUUUAUAAGAAAAGUCUCGUUUAUACAUUUAUAACCAUUUUUAUUGUUAAAUAUAAGGGACGUAUAAAACUCGCGUACAAUUCCGACCAAGACAAUACAACGCAGCUAUUUUUCGUCUUCCAAUCUUCUUAAUGUUGUCCAUUGCAAUUUUUCUUUUCGGACCGUACGAUCGUCGUCAUACUAAUUUAAGUCGCGUAUGUACAUUUUAGAGAGCUGUACAAUUUGAAUAUUAUUUACAGAGAUUUUCGGAAAUGUAGAAUACAGAUAAAUUUAUCUUUUAUGAUUUAGUUUUUUUGGUUUAUAUUUAUGAAUAUUAAAAAAAAAAUAAAUUUUAAUAAUUAAUAUAUUAAUUCCCUCAUAUAAUUAUUUUUUAAAGAAUGAAUUUUUGGAGAAAUAUUUUCUCUUUGAAAGAUAUUCCUGACUUAUUUAUAUUUAUUUUAUCAUAAAAAAAUGCUUUUUUAGAGAAAAAUGUUUUCAAACAUUUUUUAUGCGCAAAUAAAGAUAGACACAGGCAUACUCGCUUGUCGAUAGUGUUAAAAAUAAUUUUGCAAGGAAAGGAUUAAAUAAAGAAAGAAAUCUCUCGUCAAACAAUUUUAUUCAACUUUCAAGCUAUAUAAAUAGUGUGCAAAAGUAUACAAUUUACUCUAGCAUCGCGUUGAGAAAGAAUUUGCGCAUAAAAUUUACGGUUUCGACCUAUAACAGAGGAAUCACAUUGGCUUCUUAUCUCGUUUUGUAUAUUUUAAUUUAUAAUAUUAAUUAGAGCACGCCGCGCCCAAGUUAACGGAAGAUUGAGAUCAUAUCGUGAUGUAAUCGAUUGCGUUGGCGCACGCACAUGUAAUUAUUCUUUUUUCAGUGAAAUCUCUGUAUAUAUCGUUUUUGAAUAUAAACGACGUGUACGGUCUGCAGCAAAUGAGUGCAAGUAUUGUAUAACUCAAAUUUUUGCAUGUAUAUACAUACACAGGCGACAUAAAACUGUCAUUUUCUAUACUUGGUACGCGUGAAGAAAAAACGAAGAAAUAAAUAAUAUACGCAUAA